UACGGCACGCCUCUUCCUGGUUACCGCUCGGUUGGUAAAUAGCAGGCCAUGCUGGUGGAGCUGAGGCAGCGUCGGAGUCAAGCUUGAAAUCCCCAGCGAAACUUAACAGAUCGCUGAGUAACCAUAAUGAUUCCCAGGCAGCUUAACACAGGGAGGCUGAUCGCUCGUUGGUGUAGCAGGACAUCGGGAGACUCAGGACGACGUAAAGACGUGGUGGAUAUGGUCCGCAGCGCUUCAGACGUGUCCGAGUUUCGAAAGGCCUUCUCCAAAGCCAAGCACAUAGCUGUCCUGACGGGGGCCGGCGUGAGCGCCGAGAGCGGCGUCCCCACCUUCCGGGGAGAGGGGGGGUACUGGAGGAAGUGGCAGGCUCAGGAGCUGGCUACCCCGGAGGCCUUCUCGCGGAACCCGUCGCGCGUCUGGGAGUUCUAUCACUACCGCCGGGAGCUGGUUCUCUCCAGGAGCCCGAAUGCAGCGCACCGGGCCAUCGCGGAGUGCGAGGCCCGGCUCAGUCGACAGGGCCGCUCCGUGGUGGUCAUCGCGCAGAACAUCGACGAGCUGCACCGUCGCGCCGGCUCACAGAACAUCCUGGAGAUCCACGGAAGCCUCUUCAAAACCAGAUGCAUGAGCUGCGGGAACGUGGCUGCAAAUCACAAGAGCCCGAUAUGCAGCGCCCUGGGGGGCAAAGGGGCGCCAGACCCGAACAUGAGCGACGCAGUGAUACCAGUUGAGGAUCUGCCAAGGUGUGAAAACGGCAGCUGCAACGGACUGCUCAGGCCCCACGUGGUCUGGUUCGGCGAAACGCUGGACUCCAACAUCCUGACCCAGGUGGAAAAGGAGCUGGAGAUCUGCGACCUUUGCUUGGUGGUCGGCACCUCCUCUAUCGUCUACCCGGCGGCCAUGUUUGCUCCUCAGGUGGCAUCCAGAGGCGUCCCGGUGGCAGAGUUCAACAGGGAGGCGACGCCCGCCACUAACCGCUUCAUGUUUCACUUCCCGGGUCCCUGUGGGACCACCUUACCCCCCGCCCUGGAACGGCACGAGUCCGAGGUUAUCUGAGGUCAUCCUGUGGCAAACCCACCUGCCCCAACUCUUCCGCUACGUUCCAGUUUCACUACAUCCAGCAGUCCGUCACAUUCCCAACGUGGUCGAGAUGGACAGAGUUCUGGAAGCUCAGCAUAACUGGCACAAUCUCAGUUAGUGACUGGAAUUCUGUUUAGUACUGGGAUUUCAACCGAGCUAUCAGUGGUGGUGGGGGGGGGGUUGCAUUUUAGAAUUCUGCACAUACCUACAGGGACAGCUGCCCACUCAAGCAUUCAUUUUUAUACCAAUUUCCUGGUGCCUUGUUUAAAAAAGAAACAUUCGCUGUAUUCUUCAAGUCAUUCCUAUUGCCAUGUUGCUGCCGUUUUACUUAGAAAAUUUUGUAGAGAUCGCUGAUGUUAAGGAUAUAAUUAUUUUGCUACAGAGUCUAAAUUGACUGGAUGUCAGGAGAUGGGUACAUAUUUGCAACAGCCUUUCUGCUGUAAACCUCUGAUUGAGAUGUAUAAGCCAGACAGGUCUGCACCUGGUGGAUGGUCUUUAGCAUUAAAGUUGACGGUGUCGCUGAUGUGA